AUGGACAGUUCUAGCAAGGAAUCGGCCGUCAACGUCGUUAGCUUAUUAGGUAAACGAAACCCGGAAGAUGAUGAUGAUUUAGAGACAAAACCGUUUCUAAAGAAACAUAAGGACACAACAUCAUCCGAGGAGAAGGAUACAGCGAAAGGAUUUGGUGAUACUCUCCAGCUCAAGGCUGAUAAGGAUGCAGCUGCGCCUGCGAUAACAAAAAAGACGCUCUAUAUGGGCCAUCUCUCUGGCCACACUAAAAUAUCAGAUAUCAUCGAUUUCUUCAAAGAUGUUGUACAAGUUGUCCGUGUUCGACUUUUUGUAUCGUCCACGCAUUCUUUUAUGUGUUAUGGCCUUGUUGAGUUUUCUUCUGUUAACGAAGCAAACAAGGCGCGGGACGAGAAGAAUGGUGAAUAUUUCCUUGCUAAGCGGAUUUAUCUUGGUGUGCCUAAACUACAUCCAAGCCCUCCACGCCCUAAGUAUUGCCUAGAGCACAAGGUUUGCUACAAAGACUACCUUCGACGAGAGAGCCUUCCCAUAGAAGCAGAUGAUGCAGUGACAAGACUUGAUGAAAUUCCCGAUUUUGUUGAGGAAGUACUCUUUGUUGCCAAUAUCUCUCCCCAAUCUAAAAUAUUACAUAUCAAAGAUUUCUUCAAAGAUGUUGGAGAAGUUGUUCGUGUUCGACUUAUUGUAAACCACAAGGGUAAGCAUGUGGGCUAUGCCUUUGUUGACUUUGCUUCUGCUAGUGAAGCAAAGAAGGCGCUGGAAAAGAAGAAUGGUGAAUAUUUGCACGAUCAUAAGAUUAUUCUUGAAGUGGCUAAGACAGCUCCAGACCCUCCACGACCCAAGUACAACCUUUUAGAGAAGCUUUGUUACGAAGACUACCUUCUACGACAAAACCUUAUGACAGAAGAAGAUGGGGCAGCAGUGGAAGGACUCGAUGAAACUGAGGCAGUUGCUUUAAGAAAAAGGACGCUCUUUGUUUCCCAUUUCUCUCGCAAAGCUGAAAUAUCACAUAUCAUCAAUUUCUUCAAAGAUGUUGGACAAGUUGUUUCUCUUCGACUUAUUGUAGACUAUACGGGCAAGCAUGUGGGCGAUGGCUUUGUUGAGUUUGCUUCUGCUAGUGAAGCAGAGACGGCACUGGAAAAGAAGAAUGGUGAAUAUUUGCACGAUCACAAGAUUUUUCUUGACGUGGCUACAAAAGCCCCAUACCCUCUACGACCCAAGUAUUGCAUCGAUCACAAGGUUUGGUAUGAAGACUACCUUGGAAGAGCAGGCCUUCUGAUAGAGGAAGAUCAUGAGGCAGAGACAGUGGAAGGACUUGAUGACACUCCCCUCGAUUUUGUUGAGGCUGUUUCCGUGAGAAAAACCAAGACGCUCUUUGUUGCCCACCUUACUCCCCAAACUAUAAUAUCAGAUAUCAUCAAUUUCUUCAAAGAUGUUGGACAAGUUGUUCAUAUUCGACUUAUUGUUAACAACAAGGGAAAGCAUGUGGGCUGGGGCUUUGUUGAGUUUGCUUCUGCUAAAGAUGCAGAGAAGGCGCUGGAAAAGAAGAACGGUGAACGUUUGCAGGGUGGCAAGAUUUUUCUUGAAGCGGCUAAGAUAGCUCCAUCUCCUCCACCAAAAAGACUAACGCCAUUAAUUUUGUUUAUCAGGUUUGAAGACCACCUUCGACAAGAAAGCCUUCUGAUAGAAGAAGAUGGGGCAAUGGAUGGAUUUGUUGAAACUCCCCAUUUUGUUGAGGAAGCAAGAAAAAAGACGCUCUUUGUUACCAAUCUCCCUCCUGAAACUAAAAUAAAAUAUAUCACCUCUUUCUUCAAAGAUGUUGGAAAAAUUGUUCGUGUUCGUCUUAUUGCAGACCACACGGGUAAGCAAGUGGGCUGUGGCUUUGUUGAGUUUGCUUCUGCUAACGAAGCAGAGAAGGUACAACCUUGCAGAGAAGCUUUGGGUAUAUUCCAGGUACGAAGACAACCUCCUACGAGAACCGAAUAUGAAGGACAAAUCCAACGGAUUCUGCGGUAAGAAGAUUACCUUCUCUCCCGACGAGGACUGAUAGAAGAAGAUGAAGCUCUUUGGUGUUUUUAACUUAGUGAUACGUUGUGGAUUGUUUGUACUACUUUGGUUUUUCUCUUAUGUUCCAAGUUAAGUUUUUAAGCUCUUUGGUGUCUUUUAGCUUUUUAUCAUCUCAUCCAUUAUUUUGUAUCAAAAUAAUAAAAUCCUUAUUCUAUUAUGAUUUUAAAAUUUCUAAGAAAAUUCAAUGUUUUUGAA